ACAGCUACACAUCACGUUUUCGUCUCUUAUAAUUUGUAGAAAAAAUAUGAUUACUUAAGGUACAUCAACUAUGCGCCAUUCUGUGUAUAUGUGGAUACUUCUGCUUUGUCUUUGUCCAGUUAUAUCAGGUCUAGACAAAUCGUCAGUGCGCUUGGUGAACGGUUCAAACGACAAUGAAGGAAGAGUUGAAAUAUUGCAUGACGGACAAUGGGGUUCAAUCUGUGAUGACGGAUUUAAUGAAAACGGGGCUCACGUUGUCUGUCGCAGCUUAGGAUUCCAGAGUGCCAAUGCAAAAUUCUAUCGUCUAGCUCACUUCGGACAAAGUACAGGACCGAUCUGGCUUGAUAAUGUUAACUGUACGGGCAGCGAACAAAACCUGGAUCAGUGUUCUUUCCCUGGUUGGGGAAUACAUGACUGUGCACACAGAGAAGACGUAGGAGUCAGAUGUCAGCUAUCUGUACGGUUAGUGAACGGAUCAGGAAUACGAACGCAAGGCAGAGUUGAGAUUAAAAUCAACGGAACAUGGGGAACUGUCUGCGAUGAUGGAUUUGAUAGCAAGGAUGCUUCAGUCAUCUGCGCCAUGAUGGGAUUCAAUCGAUUGGGACCUCGGGCUAGGACGAGGGCUGCUUUUGGACAAGGUUCUGGACCAGUCUUUUUUCAAAGUCUGUCUUGUAUGUCAUCUGAAUCAUCCAUCUUAGACUGUCGGGUCAAUCCUAGUGGUAACAAGAACUGUAGCCACAGUGAAGACUCGGGUGUUAUCUGCCAAACAGGUCAUAUAGACAAAUCCGCAAUACGUUUGGUGAAUGGUCCAAGCGAGCAUGAAGGAAGAGUUGAAAUAUUCCAUAAUGGCCAAUGGGGUUCAAUCUGUGAUGAUGGAUUUAAUGACAAGGAGGCUUGGGUUGUCUGUCGCAAUUUGGGACUACCAAGUUAUGGUGCUAGAGCAUAUCAUGGUGCUCGAUUUGGACGCAGCACAGGAUCAAUAUGGUUGGAUGAAGUUACGUGCAUUGGAGAUGAACAUCGUCUAGAUCAGUGCUCCUCCAUACCCUGGGGUAAACAUGACUGUUCCCAUAGCGAGGAUGUUAGCGUCCAGUGUCCGUUACCUAUACGAUUAGUGAACGGAUCAGGAAUACGAACACAAGGCAGAGUUGAGAUUGAGAUCAAUGGAACAUGGGGAACUGUCUGUGAUGAUCAGUUUGAUUACAAGGAUGCUGGAGUUAUCUGCGUCAUGAUGGGAUUCAGUCGAUAUGGAGCUCGUGCUGUGGAUAACGCUGUUUUCGGGAACGGUUCUGGACCAAUCUUGUUUGAUGACUUAGCUUGCGGAGGGAAUGAGUCAUUCAUCACAGGCUGCCCAGGGACACCUGUUGGGCAACACAACUGUCAACACAGUGAAGAUGCAGGUGUCAUGUGUCAGACGAUAGGUGUACGCUUGGUGAAUGGUGCUACCAAAUAUGAAGGAAGAGUUGAAAUAUUACAUGAUAAUAGAUGGAGUUCAGUUUGUUUUGAUGGUUUUCAUCAGAAGGAGGCAGUUGUCUGUCGCAGUUUGUCAUUGCCAAGUCAGAAUGCACAGGUAUAUGGAAGUGGCCACUUUGGACGAAGUAUGGGACAGAUAUUGCUCAAGUAUUUUUACUGUGAGGGAUAUGAACAGCACCUGGAUCAGUGUUACUCCAGUUACUGGGACAACUAUUACUGUCACCAUGGAAACGAUGUAGGAGUCAGCUGUCAAUUUGUUCCGGACUCGGUUACAUUCAGUCCACCAACACCUGGGUUAGUUGUGGAAGGAGAGAGUCUGAAUAUCACCUGUGUUGCUGAAUGCCACCCACCUUGCUCCUAUUCCUGGGCACCGGGGAGUCCACGCUUCACUUCCAGACCUGUGUUAACACUGUCAAACAUCAACAUGAGUCAAACGGGUAGUACAUAUACAUGUACAGUAAAGCUUAUUAGCUCAGAUGCAUCUAGAAGUAACCAGUUCUUGCUAAUAGUCCACAGUACGCCGGGUAUUCCCUCUAACAUCAGCACACGCAGCAUCAGUCCAACUGUUGUGUCUGUAACUUGGGUAGAGAAAUUCAAUGGUGGAUCAGCACAGAUGUUUCUUGUACAAUACCGAGGAGAUGCAACAUCGCAGUGGACGAAUUUUACUGAAAUAUCACAAGAUACUCAUCAGAGAUGA